AUGGAGUGGCUUUCGGCCGCAGUGGAGGCCGUCUCUUCCCUCUGGGAGGAUCCGGCCCCUCCCCAAAAAGAUUUUCCACGAACGUUGGAAGGCUUCGAGAAGUUGCUGAGCCUGGUAGCGGACGGCCUGACCAGGUCCCUACCGCAUCUGCCUUCGCAAGCAGAUGCCCUCGCGGAACAGAUCGAGCAUCUCGGCUUCGCGCUCUCCUACUCGGAGGAGAAGGGCACCGGCUUCUUCCGCGUCUUUCAAGAGCGGAAGGUCAUGGCCCUCCUCGUGCAGCACGGUCUCCUCGCGCAGCACACCCUCCGCCGGGUCAGGGCGGCUCUCUUCCGCACGGUGAAGGACGAGUCGUUUCCGCACCUCCUCGAUCAGCUUAACCAGCUGGCACAGGGGCAGCCCGAGAUCCCGGACAAGUCUCAGGAUGUGCUCGGCAACUACAUCGCUGCACUGAAGCGGAUGGCGCUCCGGCUCACCCCACAGAAUGCCGACCAGUUCCUGGACGUUCGGGCCCUCGGAGUGUCUCAAGACUUCGAGGGGCGUGACUUGCUUUCAAGCUUGCCGUCUGCAUCGCCGAGGCCACAGCUGGCCCUGAGGCUGUUUGCCCGUGCUCUUGAAGUCCAUCGUCUCCUGACCGCCCGCCAGGGGGCGAAGCUGCCCCUCAUGGAGGAGGCCGGCAUCUCCGCUGCACGCUAUGUCUUCCACGGCUACGACAUGGCCCAGAUUGGAUCGAGAGUGGUCUGUCUCUGCCUCCUGAAAUCAAAGAAUCCUCGUGUGCAUGGUGCAGCCGUCGAGGUGUUGACCAGCAAAUUGCUGCCGGAGCUGGCCGAACGGCUGCAUUGCGCUUGGGCUCAAAUGGCAACGGCCAUGCAGCAGGACAACUCCAGUGCCCUCCAAGCCGCGCUGGCGAAGGAGAAGGAUGUGCUGGAUUUCAUUACCGACCUCGUGAGCCUUGGGCAGCCUGCGGUGACGCAGGCCGUGGCAGAGUUGAUCGUGUGCGGGCCUCUGCUCUCCCAGCUGCACGUGCUGGCAGCGCGGCACAGGUACGUGAACAGACCCAAGAGCAUCUGGGAGAUACUCAUGAUGGAUGUCGAGAACAACGGGCCCGUGCCAUCGCCGGAGUGUGUCGACGCCAUGCAGGCCGCCGAAGCGGAGAGGGCCUGUGCUGCCGAAGAGGAUCCACCGGACCAGCUUGCUGCCGUUCUGGCUGUCCGCUCGCUGGCCAAUUUCUUGCAGAGGAUGCAGACAGAGCGUUUGUCGGGAGUCGUGGUCCCGUUGAUUCAGCUGCUGCUGUGGCCAGCGGUGCCCGCAGCACUGGCAGAGAGCAAGGGGCCAGCCAACGCUGACAAGACGAGGGCAGCGGUUCAGGCUCUGGGCGAGCUGUGCACAGCCUGUGGAGUGGAGGAAGCGGCGCUCGCAACCUCCGAGGUGUCCGCACAGCAGCGCUUGUCGGAAAGGCAGAUCUGGCUUCGAGAUUGCACCGGCGCAGAUCUUUUGGGUAAGGAGAAGGGGAUCAGUAAUCCUUUCCGCGGGACCGUGCAGGUGCGGGCCUUUCUCGCCAGUCUCGUCUGA